AGAAGAAAUCGUUCCUCUUCCAUCCAUCAGACACAGGAAGAAGAAAAUAAAGCUCUCAACAGAAUGGUAACCAGCAAAGAUGAAAAGACACAACCUAAACAAGAAACCAAGCUUGGAGGAAACAGGGCGGCUCUUUUUGUUUACGCUACGGAAGCUCUUGAGAACAUGGCAUUUAUCUCCAAUGCCGUGAGCUUGGUAACUUAUUUCUACGGAUACAUGAACUUCAGCUUAACAAAGUCUGCCAAUACGCUUACCAACUUCCUGGGGACUUCAUUUUUGCUGGCUCUCUUUGGAGGAUUUAUCACAGAUACAUAUUUGUCAAGAUUCAAGACCAUUGUCCUGUUUGGAUCCAUUGAGUUGGUGGGAUAUGCUCUUCUAGCGGUGCAAGCACAUUUUGAUCAAUUAAGGCCAGCUCCUUGCGGGGGUGCAGCUCGGCAAAUGAAUCAAUGUGAGACUGCUGACAGUAGCCAAAACACAAUACUUUUUGCUGGUCUAUAUCUGGUUGCAUUUGGCACCAGUGGGAUUAAAGCUGCUUUGCCUGCACUUGGAGCAGACCAAUUUGAUGGAAAGGACCCUAAAGAGGCAGCUCAAUUGUCCAGUUUUUUCAACUGGUUUUUAUUUAGCCUCACUGUUGGUUCCAUAAUCGGUUGCACAUUCCUUGUCUGGAUAAGCACCAAUGUUGGUUGGCAAUGGAGUUUUGGUAUGUGCACCGUAGCUGUCUUGUUCGCUGUUGUGUUUGUAAGCAUGGGCAAGUCACUGUAUCGGAAUUAUGUGCCUAAAGGAAGCCCCAUCGUUCGCAUCUUACAGGUGUUCGUUGCUGCAAUUCGAAAUCGCCACCUUCCAACACCAGAAAUGGCUGAUGAAUUACAUGAGGUUCUUGACAAAGAAGCAGGACUGCAAAUUGAAAUUCUUCAAAGAACCGAUCAAUUCAGGUUUUUGGACCGAGCUGCAAUCCUUACAACCAGUAGAUUUUCUGGUUCAUCUCCAUCGAUUACUCCAGGACCCUGGAGACUAUGCACAGUGACACAAGUAGAAGAAACAAAGAUUCUACUUCGCAUGCUGCCGAUUAUUCUCAGCACUGUUUUCAUGAACACAUGUUUGGCUCAACUCCUAACUUUCUCCAUCCAACAGAGCACAACAAUGGAUCCUCAUUUGUUUGGAUUUAAAAUGCCUGGCCCCUCCCUUCCAGUCAUCCCCUUAAUUUUCAUGUUCAUUCUAAUCCCACUAUACGACCGCGUGUUUGUUCCCAUUGCUAGAAAGUUGACAGGAGUCCCAACUGGGAUUCGACUUCUUCAGAGAAUCGGAGUUGGGCUGGUACUCUCAGCCAUUUCCAUGGCCAUUGCCGGAAUCAUGGAAACCCGAAGGAAAUCCGUGGCUGUAAAACACAACAUGGUGGACUCUAUCGAGCCUCUACCAAUGAGUGUGCUUUGGCUUGGAUUCCAAUAUGCUAUAUUUGGAGCGGCUGAUAUGUUCAGUCUGGUUGGACUGCUAGAGUUUUUCUAUGCAGAGAGUUCAGCUGGAAUGAGGUCAUUAAGCACAGCCAUCUCAUGGUGCUCAGUGGCAUUUGGGUAUUUCUUAAGCACAGUGGUGGUAGAUGUGGUGAACAAAGUGAGUGGUGGGUGGCUGGCCAGUAACAACUUGAACAGAGACAAACUCAACUAUUUCUAUUGGCUGCUUUCAGGUUUGAGUGUGGUGAAUUUUGGUGUUUAUCUGUUGUGUGCCCAUUGGUACAGAUAUAAGAAGGAUGAGGCAAAUCAAGAGAAGGAAAUUAGUGAUGCUGAUACCAAGGGAAAAAGAAAGUUUGAAAUGGAGAAAUUUUAGAAAUAGAACGGCCCAAUUCCUGAAAGAUUGCUCCUGAUAUUGUUUGUAUCAAUCUAUACUGCUUGUGUACAUGUAUAGUGAAAUAGAAAUAAUGUUGUCCAAAGCUUUAUUGCUGGUUGUUUAAA